AUGUCAUCUACUUCUAAGUAAUUAGUGUUCCCUCCAAUCGGAAAACAAAUAGAAGAUAUGUAAGAUCAGCUGAAAGAGUCAAUUCAAUAAUAUAAAACAAAUAGAUAUAAAGAAUAUUAAGAAAUUAAGAAUAAGAGAUUGAAAGAAAUUAAUGAGCAAAAUAAAUAUAAGAUCUUAAAAAGGAAAGGUAGAAUUAUAUAAUUAAUUUAAUUAGUUUUCAAUUCUUAGAGUAAAUAAUAUGGAGGUGUAUUUGAGAGAGAAAAAGAUAUAUAUUUAUGCAAAGAACCCUUAAUAAACGAUUAUCUGAAAUAUCAUAUAAUAGAGCCAUAAAGAAAUUUAGAAAAAGGUCUAAUAGAGAGUAAAUAGAUAAGCAUUUUCAAUUAGUUAAAACUGGUACAAAAGAGUUUUUUGAUGGCAGUUGUUUUGGAGAAGUUCCAUUAUCAAAAUUAGGAGAAAAAGAAAGAAAAUUUAGAGAAUUUUGGAUAAAAGAGGGGGAAAAAUAAGCGAAAAUAAAGUUAAAGGCAUUAAUUGAUUCGCAAACAGGAGUAUAAAAAAAAAUAAAUCAAUCAAAAAGAUUAAAAGAAUUAAAGGUCUUUAUUCCAAAUAAAUUCACUCUCGAUCUAUUUGAAGAACAUCCAUCAUAAAUUUUAGCAUUAACGUAAUUGAUAGAAUAAAAGCAUUAGUCAAUUACAUUAACAUUCAAAAUCUAUGAAAUGGAAGCCAAACAGUUUUUAUGGAGAAGUAUUUGACAAUAGUUUCUGCAAAUUAUCUGAUUAAGACAAAUCUAUACUAAAAGAUAUUGAAAAACCAGAUUAGUAAGAAUGA